UUAAAGCGGCGGCGCGGCGGGGCCGGGGCAGGUCGCGGCGAUGGAGCCCGGGCAUGGCUGCUUUCUCUACUACGCCUACGGCAGCAACCUGCUGUGGGAGCGGCUACUGCUCAACAAUCCCUCGGCGGUGUUUGGCGCCGUGGCGCGCCUGCAGGAUUAUAAACUGGAAUUUGGCCAUCAUCAAGGCAGGACAAGCUCUGUCUGGCAUGGAGGUGCAGCUACCAUUGUUCAGAGCCCUGGAGAUGAAGUGUGGGGAAUAGUGUGGAAAAUGAGCACUAGCAAUUUAAGUUCACUGGAUAAGCAAGAGGGAGUUGGAGGUGGCAUUUAUGUCCCAAUAGAAGUCAGCGUUCACACUCCAGAAGGGAAGGUGCUCACCUGUCGAAGCUACCAGAUGAAGGACUGUGUCCGUGGGCCCCCUUCUCCUCAGUACAAACAGGUUAUCUGCAUGGGUGCAAAACAGAAUGGCUUGCCAGCUGACUAUCAGAAGAAAUUAGAAGCCAUUGAAACCAACAACUACGCAGGGCCAGUGCCAAUAAUGGAAGAGAUUGAAGCUGCUAUUAAAGCAAAGGAAAUAAACUGUGCAUAGAGCCCUCUGCACUUGGCCUGCCCAUGCACCUCGAUUUAAAUACCUCUCCUCGCUCUGCUGAUCAACAGUUCCUUUAUUUAUCAGGAAGAGAUGAGUCUGCAGUGCAUCCACACUGGACGUGGUUGGCAGCCUGGAGCCACUGCUGUUGGUAACUGAUUUCUUUGUGUAGUACCUGCUGAAGUGUUGUGCAGGUUUGGGGUUCUCUUUCUCCAAGUGUUGUGCAGUGCUGCAGGCAGACCUGUGCUGUCUGUCCUGUUCACUGACCUCUUUUUAAGUGAAGGUGGUCACCUUGAUGAGCCUUGGCAGCUGUUGUUGCCUCCUGAGGAAUUAAGGGCUGCAGGACCAGGCCCUUUUGUUUGUAAAUGUUUUAUAUGCAGUUAUCAAGUACCUAAAGAUUUGUUAGGUGCAAAGUAGGCUCAAGACUCUUAAACCAAAACUAAACUUCUACUGCUACAUCUGUACUGAUUUAAAGCCCAACUAAACCAAAACUAAAGUGAGAGGUCUACAGGGACAGGAUGAGGGCAGUGGUUUGAAAUGAGAGCGGAGCAGAUUAAGCUUGGAUAUGAGGAACAAAUUCUGCACCAGGAGGCUGCUGAAACACUGUCACAGGUUGCCCAGGGAGGUACUCAAAGCUCCAUCCCUGGAGCUAUUGAAGGUGAUGCUUGACAGGGCUCUGGGCAACCUGCUCUGGAGGAGUCUGUCCCUGCUUGGCAGCAGGAGGGUGAGAUUGGAUGAGCUUGCAAGCUUCCAACCCAGACCAUUCUGUGAUUCUUCCACUGCUAAUUCUCUAAAGAAGCAAAGCCCAACCUAUCUAAAGCCACCAAGUCCCUGUUUCUGCUUAUAGAGUUCAAAAAGAAAGGAAAAUAGUUUUUAAACCACCUUCUUAAGUCCAAAAGGCAGCCCAGGCCUGUAGGCAAUAUGCAGCAAAGGAACUCAAAGCUUAAUGCUCUCUUCCUUUCUGUGUCUGGUAAUCAACCACAGGUGGCAGGUUAGGUGUAAAGAAUUCAGGUAGGUAGUUCAGGGGGUUUAAAUUACCUUUUUGGCUGGUGUGAUGCUUACCUAGGCCUUGGUCUCGUGUCCAGUGAAAUGAAGAAGUCUCCUGUGAGUCCAAGUGCAUUUGUGUCAUGGUUUGCCUCUCAAACCCUGGCUGAACAGACUUGGCCUCUCUUUUCCUUCAGCAGCGUUGUCCAUAACUGGAAGCUCUUGUAAGGUUUAGAGUACUUUGUCCUUGUGGUGCUUGGGCCACCCUUGUCGUUAGUCUGUGGGGAAAGAGGACAGAUUUGCAACCUGGAAGAUGCCAAAGUUCAACUCUGACUUAUCUUCUGUGUGGCUGUUUAGAUGAAAACAUCACAAAGUAACAGCCUUACUGUGUCUACUCUGCUCAUUUUUGUCUGUGAACUUCUGCCAGGGAUGUGCAGUGCUCUCCACUAGCAGGGUGGGACAUGGUGCCUGCAGUAGAUGUUACUAGCACUGCCUAGCCUGAAAGAGUCAAUAAAGCCGAGUCCGAAAAGUGA